UUGUAUAUGGCUUUCAACUUUUAUGAUUUCAAUGAUCAACACUACACCCUGAGCCACUUUGAUACUUCCAGCUGCUACGAGCCUAGUCAAAGGCACACUUUUAUGAUUAUUUUCAAAGAUCAGUCGUACCACCCAACACUGGACCAGGCCUCCAGCAGUUUCCUCAACACUGCUCUGGUCAUGCUAGGAGAGCUGACCAUGACAUCCCCCAUCAGGUUUCAGCGAGCGUCUGUGGACUAUGACGAUAGCAGCGUCUACCUGACAGUUACAGCCCUUGGCAAAGUACCUCCUUUUGAUCUGUUCAGGCCUGUAAUGAAAGUUGGCCACAACACAUCGGCCUCCAGCUUCUACGCUGACAACCCACAAGACUGCGCAGCCGCCUGCGCUUCAAGUCCCACCCCCUGCAACAGCUUCGACUGGUGCGAUGACAUCAUAACAACUGCAUGUCUGCUGGGACAGAGGCACAAGGAGAGUGAAGGCAACCCUUUGAACUCAAACAUAGACAAGCCCUGUGUGCACUACUCACGUUCAGAGAAUGUGUCUUACCCAUCUGUGGAUGUUGCUUCGAUGUACCUGAUGAUUACUGACAGCGUGUACGACAAUCUUUUCCAAGUUCGUAUUGAUCUGCCACAGAACAUGUCUAAAACCUACACGGCCACUGAUAUCCGUGAUGACCUGUUGAGGUCAACUGAUCCAGACAGUGCCGCAGGAAGUUCCCUGAAGAAAUUUGCCAUCACCCCCAAUGCCAGAUUUGUGAACAGUUUUGUGAAUACAACACACACCAUGGUCAGCCUGACAGACUGUGCUAUUAUGUGCUUACAGGAGAACACCUUCACCUGUGAGUCCUUUGACUACCAGUUCACCACAGGCCUGUGUAGGGAGAGUUCCAACCACCCAGACAUGGUCAGCAAUCCUCAAACUGUGCUAAACAGGUCCCAGGACACCAGUGUCUACUCCAUUCUCUACACACACGACUACACAAAGUUUGACGCCACAGUUAUUAUAGCCAGUGCUGACAAGGUUCUGCCAAAUGUCAACGGUGAUGAAAUGUGUGCCAGGGCCUGCACCACCAACCUGGAUUUUGCCUGCGAGUCUUUUGAAACCUGCACAGAUGGCAACUGUUUCCUGAGGAAGCUGCACAGAUACGACGCAGGUGCUGCAGGCAUGCAGCAGAGCUCAAACUGUCAACAUUACUCUCGUAACUAUUUAUUUGACUACAUACCUCGUCAGUUCAAAACACUUCAAGUACCUGCUGAAUCUGUGGCCAAUGUACAAAGUGUUGAUGAAUGCGCCCAGCUGUGUUCAACAGGUGUUGGUCUCCCCUUGUGUGCUGCCUUCACAGUUUGCCAGGGCCAAAGGGGGGAUACCCAAUGCUCCUUCACCACAGUGGACCCAACGCAAAACCCUGGGGUUAUACAAAGCAGUGAUGUGUGUUCUCUUUACACAAGAGCCAACCCUAUGCCUAUUGCCAACCCAAGUACAAGCAGGGUUUUAGUAACAAGUAGUACCAGUACUCAGACUCCCAGCACUACAGCCAGUACCACAAAACAGAGCACCACCACGUCUACCACAAAAAGUGCUGUAACAUCAUCAGGUAAAUGGUUGUAAAUGGUUUACCUACCAUUCU